ACGACGGGAGAGGCCACGGACUCGUCAGACAUCCAGUCACAGCUGAGGGCAUGUCGGGAGAAGCUGAAGAAGGUCGAGGUGGAGCUGGAGGAGUGUCGCCGCAAACUGGAGUGGGCCAUCAAUGAGAUGGAGAACAUGGCGGCAGAGAUCAAACGAUUGAACUGUGAGUUAGAGGAGGCCAGACGACAGAUUUGUGAAAAACAUUCCCUGAUCGGUGACCUGGAGCGGACGAUCGAGCACGCAGAACACGACAUGGAAAACCGGAUGCGACGCGUGGAUGAACAACUACAGAAAUACGAGCGAGAAAUCAAAGAAAAGACACAUAUGAUUGCCGAGUGCGAGGAGAAAUGUUGCCGCUACCAACACUCGUUGAGUGACAAGGAAUCAGAGCUGGAGCAAGCGGAGCAGCGCCUGGGUCGAGCCAACUGCGAGAUCACCAGUUUGUGUACCAAGGCUAAAGAGCUGGAGGAGUUGCGAGACAGUCUACAAAAGAAGAACAACGAGAUGAGAGCCCAAUUUGUCGAGUUGUGUCAGGAGUACAAGAGUGCUAGGGAACAACUGCAGUGCCUGUCCGCGGAGUGCAGCGACGCCAAGCGGGACCUGUCUUGUUGCCAGAGGGAGCUGGAGAAGAACCGACGGGAGACUGACGACCUGAGAUUGGCUUUGCAAGACAAGGAGGGAGCCAUCUACCGACUGACGGAGGAGAAGAACUGUCUCUCCAGCAAGGUCACCAGCUUGCAGUGCCGCCUGGAGACGGAGACCACGCAGCUGACGCAACAGAUCUCUGACGUCAGGUUCAGGCUGGAGAAGGAGGUAGAACAGAUGAGAGCCAGCCAGAUGGAGGCAGAAGAGACCAACGCUGCUCUGGCCCAGAAAGUCUCGGCCGGGCAGAGACAGCUGACCCAGCUAGAGAAGUGCUACUUCCAGAAAGUGGACGCUCUCUGUCGGGAGAACCAAAACCUCCAGGCCAAGAUCGCGGACAAGGAUGAUCAGCUACAGGCCACCAAAGAUUGCAUCACCCUCAGGGAUUCAGAAAUCAUGCGCUUGAAACUCAGGUUGUGCAGUGGAGACCGAUGUACCAGGGACCUAGGCCCAGGACCGGAGUGCUGUCUGCCCAUGGGAGGAACCAACAGCUUGUCCUGCAUGCCUGGAGCUGCCAAGAACAGAAGGAGAUCCACGUCCUGUGGUGGUGCUCGCUCCUGCUGUCGAGACUGGAACCUCACAAAAGAACGCCUGAUGCGGGACACUAAGGAAUGUUCUGAAAGCUAG